AUGACGACGACCGUUGGCGACUGGGCAGUCGUCGAGGACCCGAACGUCGGGAUGUACUUUCGCCACUUGGUGACGGGCGAGGCGCGAUGGACGGUACCGCUGGAGACGCUGCGCGCGCAUGGCCUCUUGGCACCGGCUGUCGUCGCGCCGGCGCCGGCGAGCAACCAAGACGACGACGGGCCACGCCACGGCGAGGACGACGCCACGACGCUACCCAAAGAGGACGAAGAUAUUGUCUCGCGCUGGAGCCUUCGCGCCAGUAGCCUCGUCUACGACGAUGAGAGCUUUCGGAGCUCGAUCGCGUCGGCCACGUUGGACGACGACAACCGCGGGCUCAAUCAAUUCAGCGCCGUUGCCGAUGGCGGGAUCUUUGAGCGGCCGCGCUGCGUUCACAUUAUUCGGUCUCUUCAAGCAUGGCUCCGGGCCCACCACCCAGCGCUCGAUGCUCGGACGCAAGCCGGGACACUGCGCUUUCCCAUGUUUCCGUGCCGGUACAGCGGUUCGCAGCACGUGAUUCGCCUUCUCGUCACGCGACCAGGCACAAACAUGAGCCUUCUGUACGAAGGCGACGAAGCGAACACGGUGCGAGAUGUGCUAGAGUACGCACGUUAUCGGCUGUGCGUCGAUGCAACGACCGUCGGCGACGCGUUCGUGCUCAAGGUCACGGGCCGGAACGAGUACCUCCUCGACGAGGAGCGACCGCUGGGGGCAUAUGCUCAUUUGCACGCAAGCGCCCGCAACAAAGCGACGGCCAAGCUCACGCUCGUCGAUCUCUCGCCCGCGGACGCUGAGCUCAAGCGAGACACCCUCGACUGGCUUCAUCGAGUCUUGCCGUUUGUUUCGUUUGCCAAGCACGUCCCUCGCACCAUGGCGCGCCUUGCCCACUUGCCCGAGGACAGCCGCGUGAGCCACCUCGUCGUGGCCGUUGGUCUCUGGGCCGGGCCGUUGACGCGUCUGGGCGCUGCGGAGAGCUGCAUCUCGUCGCCUCCCACGGACGGCUACGAGGUGCUCGAAACGCCUCCGAUUCCCUUCCAUGCCGACAAGCUCGACUGGCCCAUCAACGGCGGUUGGCUCACGAGCUCUGUGAUUGCGUACAAGUCGCUGCCGGCGAGUGCGCGGCUGAGUCUCAUCGUCUACGGCAUUCUCCUGGACAAUGAAGGCGUCGAUGGCGCCGCGCGACGGGUGCCGUUGGCAGCAGCGUGGCGACCGCUCUUCGAGUCGAGCGAUCACUGCGUGGUCGGCGGCCGUCACAAUCUCUCGCUCUGGCCCUGCUCCAUGACGCCCCAUGGUUUUGAGAAUGGCGAACUUCCGCUGGGGUUUCCGACGACACCGAAUCCGUCCUGCCGCCACGGUGUGCUCACGUACGAGCUCGAUGCAUUUGAGAGGCCGCUGCAGCUGGUGGAGCCGCGGCGCGACCCGAGAAAGCUGUCAGCGCGAUCGCAGUCGAGUGCGUCCAUUGAUGCGACGCUCGCCGCAUUAGAGCACGUCGACAUGCUGCAUACGCUAACCCAGCGAGAGAAGACCGUGCUCUGGCAAGCGCGCCACCAGUGUACGGCGACACCGGCCCUGCUGCCUGUGUUUCUGCGGUCCAUCAACUGGUCGAGCCGCGACGCGAUCGAGGAAGCCCGGCGCUUGGUCGCGCUAUGGACACUGGACGAUGAUGCGGCGUCGCUCCUCCAAGUGCUUGGCCACGAUGUGCCAGAUCCGAUGCUGCGAUCGUGGGUCGUCGACCAGCUGCACAAGCUGCCCGAUGACGUGCUUCAAGAUUACGUACUCCAGCUCGUUCAAGUGCUCAAGUACGAGCUGCAUGUGGACGGCGCGUUGAGCCGCUUCCUCCUCUACCGCAGCCUCUUGAACCCUGUGCAGAUUGGCCAACGCGUCUUUUGGCUCCUGAAAACAGAAGCCGACGACUGGCUCCACGCCGAGGCGUACAGCAUUCUUCUCGCCACGUACGUUUCGCUGCACCCGUCGCACCGCGCUCUCCUCUUCGAGCAGUGCCGCAUCGUCGACCAGCUCGAGUUGAUUGCUCAGCGUGUCAAGCGCACCCACAAAGACAACCGGCUCGCCUGCCUCGCCACGGAGCUCGAGUUACUCAACGCGACGCUGGACAAGCCGUUCCACUUGUGCCUCUCACUCCGCUUCGAGUGCCGCCGCCUCUGUAUCGAGAAAUGCCACGUCCUGGGCUCCGCAAAAAAGCCGCUUUGGCUCACAUUUGAGAAUGCGGAUCCGCUCGGCGACCCGAUCCUGGCCAUUUUCAAGCACGGCGACGACCUGCGGCAGGACCUCAUGACGCUGCAGCUGCUACGAUUGUGGGACAAAUUGUGGUAUGCCCAUGGCGUUGACCUGCGCCUCAAGCCGUACUUGUGCCAAUCGAUCGGGUACGAGCUCGGGAUGAUCGAGGUCGUCCCGAACGCCAAGACGACGGCCCAUAUCCAUCGUGAUUAUGGACACGUGUACUUUGGCGCGUGGAUGGCGACCCCGAUCGAGUCGUAUCUCAAGCACGCCGCGGCAGAUGGCGACGCGCUCGCAGACGCGGUCGACCACUUUAUCCGGACAUGCGCCGGGUACUGCGUCGCGACGUAUGUGCUUGGGAUUGGCGACCGGCACAGCGACAACAUCAUGGUUGCGUCCACGGGGCACUUGUUUCACAUUGAUUUCGGGCAUUUUCUCGGGAAUUUUAAAGUCAAAUUUGGCUUUCAGCGCGAGCGCGCGCCGUUCGUGUUGACGCCCGAGAUGGCGUUUGUCAUGCGCGCGUCGUCGAGCGAGACGCGGUUUGAGCUCUUUGAACGCUACUGCGGCGACGCGUACAACCUCCUGCGACAGACGCCCGCGCUCUGGGUCACCCUCUUUGCCCUUAUGGUGCCAGCCCACGUGCCCGAGAUGACUUCGUUUCGGGACAUUUUGUACCUCCGAGACCAGCUCUCGGUCCAGCUCUCCAGCGACGAAGCCGCCGACAAGUUCAAGGCCGAAAUCAAAAAUGCUCUCGCGAGCACCUCGCGGCGCGUCGACAACUGGAUGCACAACAUGAAGCACGGCAUUGAUUUGUUUGCUUCGUAG